GUGCGCUAUUCGUUCCGUCCGAGGAAAGAUGUGGCGAGUGCUGUGCGCGAUCACCGCGCUCGUGGCGAUUGUGAAUCCAUUGGCGGAGGCGAAAGACAUCCGCCGUCGGCUUCCCCCACAACUCCGACUGACGUACUACCUCGGCUACAAGGAAGUGAUGCAGUACCUGGAUCAGCUGGCCAUGUCCUACGGAGAUCGGGUUACCCUAAAGGAUGUGGGCCGAACUUACGAGGGUCGUGCCCUGAAAGUCGCCAUGAUAACGAACGGCGACGGAAGGCCGGGCAAAAGGGUGAUAUUCAUGGAUGCCGCUCUGCACUCCCGCGAGUGGAUGACUCCCGCCGCAGCCCUCCUUGCCAUCCAUAAGCUGGUGAUCGAGUUCGAGGAGAAUUCCGAUCUCCUGGCCGAUUACGAUUGGCACAUUAUGCCUCUGGCAAAUCCGGAUGGCUACGAGUACUCCCGCAAUACAGAGAAAUAUUGGAGAAACACGAGGACUCCGAAUGGUGGCGCCUGUUUCGGCACCAAUCUCAAUCGAAACUUUGAAGUGGGUUGGGGAGUGGGUUUUCCGGAGCUAUUGGAUCCGUGUGAUGAGAAUUACGCGGGUAGUGCACCUUUCUCCGAGGUGGAGGCCCGCACAGUGCGUGACAUAAUGCUCAAACUGGUGGAGGACAGACGCGCUAUCAUGUAUCUCUCGCUGCACACGGCCAAUCGAUCUAUUUUCUAUCCCUGGGUGUACGAUAGUUCUCCAGUGCCUAAUAAUGAGGAGCACGAUGAAAUCGCCAGGUUCGCUGCUGAUAAGAUACUUCGAAGUACGGGUACUAUUAUAAAGCCAAAGCAGGCCACUGAGUACGGCGGUACCUUUGGCGGCACCAGCCUAGACUACGCGUUUUACGCGGGUUUCCCGCUGUCCCUCGUCUUCGAGAUGUCGGGAACGGGUCGGGAUCAUGUGGAGUACAAGUUCUUCCCACCUGCCAGUGAUAUUCGCCACCUUGCUGAAGAGUCGUGGACAGGAAUUCGAGCACUGGCCGAGAAGGCCGUUGAGAAGUAUCCACCCUCCAGAUCGGUUUAUUACACUAAACACCAACUUUCCGGAAAUGGAGCUGCGCGGAAUUGGGGAUUUAAUUACAUAACAGGAACUGUUACUUUCUUUUUCUUAUAUGUCACCAAUAAUAUUUUAAUCUGAGUGUCUUAAAUAAAAUACUCAGUAUUUUUGUAUUAUUGAAUGAAA